UCAACUGAGGGAUGAAAAGAGGCAGCAGUAUUUCUCUUACAGAUGAUGUGAUCAAACAACACAUCUAAACUAUUUGUAGGUAGCCUUUCGUUUUUGUAAAAGAGUUUUGAAAGCACAGACGUGUUCUGCUUUAGACGAAGACAUCGCUAAAAGAUCAAGUGCCAAAUGCCAAGACUAGAGGAACAUUGUUGGAGCUGCUCCUGUUCGACCAGUGUGAAGACGAAGGACCUGUCAAGCGCCGGCUGGAUUGUCUGUAAAACGGGUGAAAUGAUGUCCAUCAUAACCUCAGUGCUGAGCCACGCGUACGGCUCUCUGCACAGCCUCCAGUCCGCCAAUUUAAUUCGACGGGGGCUUGUGUUGUUUAUCGUGGGAGUUGUGCUCGCUUUGGUGUUAAACUUGCUACAGAUCCAGAGAAACGUUACAUUGUUUCCAGAGGAAGUGCUGGACACGCUAUUUUCGUCCGCCUGGUGGAUUCCCCUCUGCUGUGGCACCGCUGCUGCUGUGGUUGGUCUGUUGUACCCCUGCUUGGACCACCAUCUUGGAGAACCACACAAGUUCAAGCGGGAGUGGGCAAGCGUGAUGCGCUGCAUUGCUGUCUUUGUGGGCAUCAAUCACGCCAGUGCUAAACUGGACUUUGCUAACAAUGUGCAGCUAUCGCUAACUCUGGCUGCCCUGUCUCUGGGUCUGUGGUGGACAUUUGACCGCUCCAGGAGUGGCUUUGGUUUAGGGCUGACCACUGCCCUGCUGGCCACUCUCAUUGCUCAGCUGCUGGUCUACAACGGCAUCUACCAGUAUACUUCUCCAGACUUCUUGUAUGUCCGUUCAUGGCUGCCUUGUAUAUUCUUCUCUGGCGGAGUGACUGUUGGAAAUAUUGGCAGACAACUAGCUAUGGGCUCGACUGAGAAGAUUCAUAAUGACUAAACAGGUGUCAGAGGGCAUGAAGUGAGCUUCGAAGAGUGCCAAAAAAGGACAUCUGAUAUUCUAUACUGGGCGUCCCUGGUGUCUAUCCAAGCGUAUCUUCUGCUUUUAAUUUUGCUCCUCUUUAUAACUAUAAAAGAAAAGAAAGAGCGGGUUGGUCUGAGCUGGCCCAAUGUGCCAUGAACAACACCUCUGAAUAGCCAAAAGAUUCCCCCUGGCAUUCAUUACUACCAUCAGCGUCAUUAUCGUCGUUGUUGUUGUUGUUGUUACAGCUCCUAGCAGUAGUGUUACGGUUGCUGAAGUGCCACUAUAGGACUGUGAAAAAAAAAUCAUAGCUGGUUUCACUGACGAUGAAACUACUUGUGAAACCACAUCUACAAUUGAGCGUGUGCUGGUCCUAUGGAUAAGACCAGGGGGAAAAAAGACAGUGUGAAAAUUCACACUUUUUUAGUUUUACUUUGUGCUGGAGAACUGAAAGAAGAAAUCAAAGGGAAUAAAUACAAGAAUACCUAAAAUAUCCAAAGAGGUCUGUGUACUGUCUAUAUAGGAUUAGUUGUAGUUUGAUUUUUGAGCUACCCUUAAAGACUGACCACUUUGAGUAUUACUAUGAAUACCAGAGAGCUUUGAUUGCCAAUCACAUUUGUGCCGACUGGUUAGUGUAGUAUACUGACUGAAUUGAUCGUGUUUUUACCAUACUUUGUUGCUAAUGUAAACCAAAAGUAAGACUAGAAACAUUAGCUAUCGAGACGUUAAGUGGCACCUUGAAGAAAGAGUCAAACA